AUGUCAUUGAUGCAAGAAAUCGAAAGUAAUUCAAUGGAAACUCGACAACUCCAUUCAAGUCAAAAAGAAGCAAUUAAAAAGAUAACUGAAUUUUCAGGAGAAUCUAAUGUAAUUGAUAUAGAUGAAUGGUUAUACGAUUUAAACAAUUUAUUUUCAUUAAUGAAAUUAAAAGAUGAGACAAGAAUCCUGGAAACGAUGGGUAAAUUAACAGGACCUGCAUUAAGAUGGUAUCAAGAAAAUUUAAGAUCAUUCAUCAAUUGGAGCCAUGCUGAAAAAACAUUACGCGAUCGGUUCAAAGAAUUUACAUCUGAUAGUCAAUUAAUGCAAGAAUUUGUUCACAUUCAUCAAGAAGAAAAUCAAUCGGUUACAUCAUUUUAUGAACAUGUUAUUCGAAAAUACAGAAAAGCUCAACAAUUUAUAACCGAACAACAAGUUAUUACAGUUUUACAAACUGGUGUGAAAAAUUCACUGAAAAAAUAUUUAAUUCGAAAUGAAAAAGAUAUCACGAAACCAGAUGAAUGGUUGGAAUAUGCAAGACAAGAAGAAUACAUACAGAAACGAAUUCAACAACAACGUAAUAAUUUUUAUUCUGAAACAACAAACCAACCAUUCUUUGAACCCAUGCUACAAACAGCAACAAUUCAACCAAGAUUAUCGAAUGUCAAACCAUUAGGUCAACAACCGCAUACACCAUAUCAUCAUUAUCAAAAACAACAUCAACAAGCAUACAAAUUAAAUAACAACCGUACGGGAUCGGAAGAUGGCGACGAUCCCUGUGGAGAAAAAAAGUCAUCAACAACAAACACAUUUCAUCCAAUUUUUGUAAAAAUUCUAUGCAAUAAUACUCCACAAGAAGCACUUAUAGAUACUGGAUCGGCCAUCACUAUUAUACAUGAAUGCUUAUUAAAAAACAUUCCACAUAAAAAUUUAAUAAAAAAACCAAAAAAUCAUUUAUCAGCAAACUGUUCAACAUUAAAUGUUAUUGGUGAAACAACAUUAGAAAUUAAUAUUCGUGGAUUAAAGACAGAAGUGAUUGCUGAUGUUGCAACCAAUUUAGUUACAGAUUUAAUAUUAGGUAGUGAUUGGAUUCAACGUAAUAAUGUUUAUAUUCUAACACCAGAACAACGAAUUAUGAUUAGAAGUAAAGGUAAAGAAGUAUCAACUCCGUUUAUAACACCACCAAUUUUAAAUUAUCCAGCUACUCUUAUUAAUCAUAUCACUAUUCCUCCCUUUUCAGAACGAAUCGUAGAAGCAAAAGUUCCACAUCACAAUAUGAUAGAUGUAUUAUUCGAACCAAAUCCUCGAUUAAAAAAUAAAGCAUUAUUUAUUGCAAGUGCAUUACUUCAUAUCGAAGAUAAAAGAAUAAAAAUUAGUAUAAUUAAUGCAACGGAUCGACAACAAACACUUUCCAAAGGAACAAAGCUAGGCAUAGCGACACAAAUAUCUGCUACAAUCGGUGUUACAAUGCCAUUAAAUGAUGUACAAGAACGCAUUCCGAAAGGAAAAGCGUACAUAAAGCUCAUUCCAAAAGGGAAAGAAGUGAACAUUACUAGUAGACUAGAGUCUAGAAAUAUGCAAAUGAUAAGAUCACACGAAGAACAACAUCAAUGUCGAGAAUGUAAACAAUAUUUCGAUACUGGAAAUGAAUUAUUUAAACACCUUCGAAUUAAAUGUUAUUCUGAGGAAAUACGCGAACAAAUUAACAAAUUAACUGAACAUAUUGAUGAUGAUAAACAACGAGAACAAAUUUUAAAAAUACUAUGGAAAUAUGGAAAAUUGUUUGAUAUCAGUGAACCAUCAAAAAUUGAUAUAACUCUAAAAAAUGCUAUUGACACUGGAACACAUCGACCUAUUCAUACUCCACCAUAUAGAAAAUCCAACAAAGAUCAAGAAACCUUACGGAAAGAAACAGACAAAUUAAUGGGAAGCGGAAUCAUUGAACAUUCAACAUCUCCAUGGUCAUCACCAGUCGUAUUAGUAAAAAAGAAAGAUGGAACAACAAGAUUUUGUGUAGAUUAUCGUCGUUUAAAUCAAAUCACAACAAAAGAUGCAUUUCCUUUACCAAGAAUCGAUGAUAUUUACGAUCAAUUAACAAAAGCAACACACUUUACUAAAUUUGAUUUCAAAUCAGGAUACUUUCAAGUACCAUUAGAUAAAGCAGAUCGACCGAAAACAGCAUUUUCCACUCGAGAUGGACAUUUUCAAUUCAAGGUAUUACCACAAGGACUUACAAAUGGACCACCAACCUUCCAACGUAUUGUCAAUCAAAUAUUAGGUCCAAAUCGAUGGAAACAUGUACUUGCCUACAUCGAUGAUAUUAUUAUUUAUUCAAAAAAUUUUAGUGAACAUAUACGGCAUAUUGAAGAAGUAUGCUCAUUAUUACAUGAAACAAAUUUUAAAUUAAAUGUUGAUAAAUGUGAAAUAGCUCGAACAGAAAUAUUAUUUCUUGGUCAUGUCGUCAAAGCAGGUACAAUUAAACCAGAUCCAGACAACAUCCGUGGUCUAACCGAAACACGUGAACCAACAUCAGCUGAAGAAGCUUUUAGAUUCGUCAAAGCAGCAGAAUAUUAUCGAAAGUUUAUCCCGAAAUUCUCCAUAAUCGCUGCACCACUACACAAAUAUUCACCAUCAACACUGAACCAACAAAAAAUGAACAAAUCAAAAUUUGUAUUAUCAGAUGACGCAAGAACAUCAUUCCAUGACCUCAAGAAAAUAUUAACAACCGAUCUUAUCCUCGAUCUGCCUGAUGAUACAUUACAAUUUAAAAUACAAAGUGAUGCUAGUGUCGAUGGAAUUGGCGCUGUUUUAUUACAAACUACUCAUGAUGGUGACCGACCAUUAGCAUAUAUGUCGAAGAAAUUAACGAGAACACAAACAAACUGGUCAACCAUCGAACAAGAAUGUUAUGCAAUAGUACAAGCAAUCGACAAAUGGGACAAAUAUCUUCGUGGACAUGAAUUCAUAUUAGAAACUGAUCAUGAACCAUUAAUAAAUUUGCCCAACAAGGAACAAUUAAACAAAAGAUGCAACCGAUGGCGAUUGAAAUUAGCUGAAUAUAGAUUCCAGGUGAAACACAUACAAGGAAAGAAAAACAAUAUGGCAGAUUAUCUUUCAAGAUCACCAGUGGAACUAGCUGAAGAAGAUAUUGACGAAAGAAUUCAAUAUGAAUCAAAAUUUACACAAACAGAUUUAUCAUUAUCAUCAUCAAACAAUUCAAUUCCAUUAAAAAUAACAACAGCAAUUACUCGAGCUCAAGCCAAAUUACAACAGCAAAUAACGGCAACACCAUCCAAUACAACAACAGAUGAAAAAACAAAGGAGCUCAUCCCACAAAGGAAAGUAGCGAUUGAUAAAGAAUCAAUAUCGGAUCCAUUGGACGAAAAUCCAAAUAAAAUCAUUCCAUUCGAUAUGGAUGAUUUAAGAAAAUGUCAAGAAGAAGACAAGGUUGUACAAGAAAUAAAGAAGAACCUUCGAAGUAAGAAAAAUUAUUUUAUUGAAAAUGGUAUACUAUUUAGAAAACAACAACCACUUACAUCAGUACCGUUCGUUCCAGAAGGACGAAUACGUGCUGACAUAUUAAAAAUUUAUCAUGAUACACCCGGUAAUGGAGCACAUUUUGGACGGGAUAAAACAACAAGAAAAAUUCAAGAAAGUUAUUAUUGGCCAACAAUGAUAACUGAUAUUAGAAAUCAUUUAGAUUCUUGUUUACCAUGUGCACAAAAUAAUUAUCGUCGUCAAAAAUUACCAGGAAAAUUAAAACCAAUACAACCACCAGAAGGAAUUUGGAAAUUAUUAAGUAUGGAUUUUCAUGGUCCAAUAACUCCAACAACCAAACAAGGAAAUAGAUAUAUCAUAUCCCUGACGGAUAUAUUAUCAAAAUUUGUUAUUGCUAAAGCUGUUCGUGACUGUUCAGCAUCGACAGCGACGAAAUUUCUUAUCAAUGAUGUCAUAUUAAAAUAUGGAACACCAACAUGUAUUUUAACUGAUAAUGGCACUCAUUUUACAGCUCAACUUAUGAACAAUUUAUUUCAACACCUUGGUGUUACUCAUUUAUAUUCAACAGUAUAUCAUCCUCAAACAAAUGGACAAAUCGAACGAUUUAACGCUACAAUGGAUGGUAAAAUUGCAGCUUUAUGUAAUGAACGACGUACAAAUUGGGAUGAAGUAUUACAAUAUGUCACAUUUAAUUAUAAUACAUCGAUACACGCAACAACAAAACAAGUACCAUUUGAAAUCAUGCAUGGAAGACAAGCAACUCUACCAUUUGAUCAACAAGAUGCAAUAAUAUCGCUCACACAAGAUCCAGAGCAUAACCAGCAGAUCAAAACAUAUAUUGGAAAAUUAGAAGAAGAAGCAAGGAAAAAUAUCUUAAAAAGUCAACAACAAUACAAAACUCGAUAUGAUUUAAAUAGACAAAAUUUAUCAUUAAAAAUUGAUGAUUUAGUUCUUGUGAAGACAAGAAACGCUCGAAAUAAAUUCGACAUUAGAUAUGAAGGUCCAUUUAAAAUUAUUAAACAAUUAGGAAUUAAAACAUUCAUUGUCCAACAUGUAAAAAAAUUAACAUUAACAAAACAAGUGACAAUGGAUAUCAUUGUUCCGCUAGUGGAACGAUGGAAUUUAAUUCAAUAA